GAUAAAGAUGCAUGUGCACAGGAAAUAGCGCCACGACACGCUUUUAAGUUUGAUUAGCCGCGUGAAUUGAAAGUUCCUAUAAGUGGAUUGGAACGAACGAAUGAGAACAACAAGAAUUAGGAAGAAAAGAAAUAUCUGGGAUCUGCCAAUCCUUCUGAAGCCACAGAGAGAUUAUUCAUUCAGAUAAUUCAAUCAAAUUCAGCUUGGCUAUACGGACUUGGAAGGACAUUGUUUGGUCCUCUUGUGAAGCGAGUUUUUAAUGGAAGGGAAGCCUGAUUCAACAGCGGAGGGAGUAAAAAAGGUCGAGGAAACCGUUUUUGUCAAGGUCAAGAGCAAAGAGAAAGAACUCAUGGAAGACAACAAAGAAAAGAAGAGUGAAAUGGAGCUUGAAGUGAAGAGUAAAUCUGUUGAGAAAGAGAAGCCAAAGCAUAAAGAAGACAAAGAAAAAGAACACAAAGAGGGAGAUCAAGGAAAAAAGAAGAAAGAAAACAACGCCGAAGACGAAGAACAAGAGGUGAAGGAUAAAAAGAAAGACAAGAAGAUAAAGAAUAAGAAUGAAGAAGAGAAUGAAAUAGAUGAAGAAAAAAUGGAAAAAGAAGCUAAGAAGGAAAAGAAAGACAAAGAUGAUUUUUUGAAGAAGGAUGAAUAUGUCGACAAAGAACUGAAAGAAGGUGAAGAUGGAAAGAAGGAAAAAAAGAAGAAAGACAAAGAUGGCGAAGAAAAAAAGGCUAAAAACAAAGAUGCAAAAUCAAAUAAUGAAGAGAAGGAUGAACUCGCUGAUGAAAAAGUAGACAAGAGUAUAGUUGAGGAAGGGAAGGAGACAAGCAGAGAUGAUAAAAUGUAAGCGAGCAGAAGGACAAGAACAGAGAUGAGAAAGAUAACAACAAGAAAAAAGAGAAGGAAGGGAAGAAGGAUAAGAAUAAAGAUGAGAAAGAUAACAAGAAAAAGAAAGAUAAAGAUCAGAAGGAAGAGAAGAAGGGGAGAAGUAAAGAUGACAAGAAAAAGGGAAAGGAUGAAACGAAGGAAGAAAUCGAGGAAAAGAAGAACACGGAUGAACACAAAGAGAAGAAGAACAAGAACAAGGAGGAUGAAGAAAACAGCGCACUUAACACGAGCUCAAGAGAGAUCGAAGUAGAACAAAAUCAUUGGAAAGAUGUCGAGGAUGAAAAGAAGGAUUCCAAAGAUGAGAAGGGAAUGGAUAAUAAAUCAGCAUAGGAGGAGAAGAAAGACAAAGACAAGGAAGGG